AUGGCUAGAGAGAAAAUUCAGAUCAAGAAAAUAGACAAUUCAACAGCAAGACAAGUGACAUUUUCAAAGAGAAGAAGAGGGCUUUUCAAGAAAGCUGAAGAACUUUCUGUUCUUUGUGAUGCUGAUGUUGCUCUCAUCAUUUUCUCUUCUAAUGGAAAACUCUUUGACUAUUCUAGCUCAAGCAUGAAACAAAUCCUUGAGAGGCGUGAUUUGCAUUCCAAAAAUCUUGAAAAAUUGGAUCAACCCUCACUUGAACUUCAGCUUGUAGAGAAUAGCAAUUACUCAAGACUAAGCAAGGAAAUUUCUGAGAAGAGUCAUCGAUUAAGGCAAAUGAGGGGUGAAGAAAUACAAGGACUAAAUAUCGAAGAGUUACAACAGUUGGAAAAAUCUCUUGAAACUGGAUUGAGCCGCGUUAUAGAGAAAAAGGGUGAUAAAAUAAUGAGAGAGAUUAAUCAGCUCCAACAUAAGGGCAUGCAACUAAUGGAAGAGAAUGAAAAAUUGAGGCAACAGGUGAUGGAGAUAUCUAGUAAUAAAAAUAAUAAUGGGUACAAAAAUCCAAUAGUAUUUGAACCAGAAAUUGAGUUUAAUUAUGAAGAAGGUCAAUCAUCUGAAUCAGUCACAAAUCCAUGUAACUCAACUGGUCCUCCUCAAGAUGAUGACAGUUCUGAUACUUCUCUUAAAUUGGGGCUACCUUACUCAGGUUGA